AUGGGUUUACUUUAUGAUGGAAGCAAGACAACGACUUCAUGUGUUGGGUAUUCAGACGCUGACUGGGCUGGAGAUCUUGAUGACAGAAAGUCAACUUCGGGAUAUGUCUUCCAGAUAAGCAACGCAGCUAUCAGUUGGCGAAGCAAAAAACAGUCAUGUGUGGCUCUCUCGACUGCUGAAGCAGAAUACAUGGCAUUGGCAAGUGCAACCCAAGAAGCAGUUUGGCUACAACAACUUCUAAGUGAUCUAAAGAGCGAGCCAACCGGUCCAAUGUUGAUACUUGAAGAUAAUCAAGCAGCAAUCUGUAUGGCAAAGAAUGCACAGUACCAUGGACGUGCAAAACACAUUGAUAUAAAGUAUCAUUUUAUUCGAGAACAUGUUGCUAGUGCUGCAGUUAAACUGGAAUACUGUAGCACUGAAGAAAUGAUCGCUGACAUUUUUACUAAGGGACUAAGUAUGGUUACCAAACUUAGAAAGAUGCUCGGAGUUAGUUACAAAUGA